AUGACGAGAUCUUUAUGUGAAGAGUUGAAUACCUGUCGCUUGGAUGCUACGUGCAUCGCUCGCUGUUUUGUAAACAACACCACCGGAUUCUCUGUUUACACCUCUUACUGUACCGGUUAUCCUGUUACCAUGGAACGACUGGCUGCUUUGGCGUCUAAACCACAAAGUGCUAGAGAGUUCAGAGAGAGGCAACUAGCUUUAGGACACCCAUUGCCUCUAGCUUCAUAUUUGCUGAAGCCCAACGUGGUGAAACAGUGCGCGUCUAGUGAAACUGAGUACGCUCUACUCAAGAUGACGGGUAUCGCGCAGCAUAUCGAUGAUAUGAAGAGACGACACGAACAUGCGGAAAUCCAGUCACUUUUGUAUGGAUGGAAUGGUCCAGACUUGACUACAUACGGGGAAUUAUGUGCCGAAGGAACAUUUAGAGUUCUCGGCGCUAAAGGCAUGCGACACGUGUUUCUUUUCGAUAAAAUGCUUCUCGUCACUAAAAAUCGAGAAGACGGCAUACUGGCUUACAAAUCCCAUAUAAUGUGCAACAACAUGAUGCUAGUGGAGUCUAUAGCUGGGGCUCCACUCGCGUUCCACGUGAUACCGUGGGACGCGCCGCGGUCACAGCUCACGCUGCAGGCGAGGUCGCUGCGGCACAAGCGAGAGUGGACCUUGUUACUUAAGCGGGUCAGUACAUUUUACAUUGCAUUAAUAAAAAUAAAAUUAAAAAUUUGAUUUUCUACGCAACAAUAUUUAUGGCAAGAUUCCGUAUAAUAAUUAUAAUAACUGAAGUAUCAGAAAUAAGGCUUUUUUGUUAAUUUUUAAACGAUUUAUUUCCGAAGACCGAUUUCUAGAUUAAUACUAUGUUGA